AUGGCUGACAAAUUUACUGAGUUUGCUGGUCGGAUGGGAAAAGCUCCUAAGGGAGUUGGGACAGGGCUCAAACUCCUUGCUGCGGCUGCAGCAGUUGCUUAUGGAGUCAAGGAAUCGAUUUAUACAGGUAAUCUUCUUUAUGUGUUCGGUGCCCAAGUUUCUAUGAAGAGUUCAUAUUGCUUUUGCAUGAUGCAAGAUAGAUGUGAUAUUUAAGCUUAUAUAUUUCUUAGCCGAUUGUCUGACAGUUCCUUGCAAAAGUAUUAAGAUCCGCUCGUAAUUCAAGGGUUUGAGAUCCUUCUUCACCGUCUAAGCUUAUUGAAAGUUAUUUGCUUCAACAGUUUGGUGGUGACUAUUAAUUUGAGGUACGGUAUAGCCUUAACAAAUUCAGGGUGCAAAGAAAGUCAGUUUUACAGCUUACCACUCGGGCAAGCUGUGGAAGGUUCUAGCCCAAAAUUGAACAAAAACGUUUGCUGAGCUGGAUUUUUCUUUUAAUUUGAACUUCACUUGCCCAUGUUUUUUCACUAGCCCGGUAGCUAAAUCCACCAUCCCGGGCUACUGGACUCUCUGUUUAGAGUACACUGAAUUGAACAGUGCGGGUUUUCUUCAAUUUCACUGCAUGUUUUGGCCAUGAAUGUACCAGCUCACCCUCUUUAUGUUUCAUGGUGCAUUUUAUAGUUGAUGGUGGACACAGGGCAAUUAUCUUUAGCAGAAUUGGAGGCAUACAGGACAACAUUUAUACUGAGGGUCUUCACUUCAGGUACAGUACUGCAUGAUCAAACUUAUUCACCUACUGUCACAAUGAAAACAUUACAUGUGUGUGUAUGAUGCAUUCCUUUUAUCAGAGAUGUGUAUCAGACUGUCUCUCAGCCCAAGAAAACAGCUGACAUUUGGCGACACUACCAGUGGUUUCCCCGCCAAACGACGUCUGAGAAACAAGCGCAGAAAUUUCUUACUGAUGACACGUCACUACCCAGAUCUGGGUAGUGCUUCUGAUUGGUUGUGAUGCGUGCGAAAUUUGAUUCAACCAAUCAGAAAAAUCCGAGCUAAAGCACAGGAAAAAUCACAAGUCACUUUUAUCUGAGAGAUUUGGUGACCCUUACAGUAGACUGGGAGAUUUGUGCCGAAUCUAGGAAACUCAAGUACAGAUUACUGUAUGCCAAAUUUAUUCUGCACAUCUGCAAAUGAAACUAGAAAUUGCAGUCAAGUAUACUCGGAAUAGACAUACGGUAGUUUACACAUAAUUGUUACAGUCAUCCAAAGAAAUAAUAUUGGGAAUUUCCCACAGCACACAGAAUACACUUACAUGUACAUAUAUUACAUGAUAUUUUGUCUUUUGUUAGGAUUCCAUGGUUCCAGUACCCUAUAAUUUAUGACAUUAGAUCCAAACCAAGGAAGAUUGUUUCUCCAACUGGAAGUAAAGGUACAAGUGUUAAGUAAUUAAAUCUUUGCCUUUUUCCAUGUACUCCCAAUCUUUUCACAGUUGUCACUUAACAUACAUGUAAAACAGUCCUACAGUCAAAUCCUGCUUCAUGGACACUUGGUCAAUAAUGGACACCUUGUUUAUAAGGACACUUUCUGUGGCUCCCUCAGUGUCCAUACGAACAGGUUUUGACCGUACACAAUUUUUGUAAAUUUUUGUUCAUUUUAUUGUUUCCAGAUCUUCAGAUGGUAAACAUUGGUCUUCGGGUGCUGGCUCGUCCACAGGCUACCAUGUUACCUGAAAUGUACAGAAAGCUUGGGUUGGACUUCGAUGAACGAGUUUUGCCUUCCAUUAUGAAUGAGGUACUUGCCUGAUCACCUGUGUACAAAUGUACAUCUACAUUGUAUGCCCGCAUUGUUACAAUUUAAAUCUCAGACCAGUAACGUGAAAAUUUUGUUAUAGAUUUUUGUAUUUGUUGUAGAUAAUUGUAAAUUCUCUUAACUGUUGUGUAUUUUCUUUAAUUUGCAAAUUCUUUUCAUUUUCUUUUCUGGCUGCAUAACUACAUGUAGGGACCAUCACUGUAAUACACAUUAUAAUAUAAUAUCUUUUAAAGCAUGAUGUGUAUCAAAAGUAAAAAAGGGAAGUGGUUGUUAAGGCUGAUUUACAUUGUACAACAAUUUCAUAAAUUAUACUGUGCACAUACAAAAACAUAUGUCAAUUGAAAAAAUUUAUAUUCAUAAGGUAUAAUUUGGUGGUGCAUUAGUAAGAUGUACCACAUGACUGUCUAAAUUGACCAGGCCACAAAAAUAAUGUGACCAUCGGACCAUCAGUAUACUGUUAUGACUGUGCACAUGUACAGCUGUAUGUGUCCUGUAAUUUUAGAGAGGUGCAAGGAAUCCUUUUCUCAAAUUCUAUUUUAUAUUGUAAUUUAAUAGACUGUUAUGAGUUUAAGAUUUUUGCGACUCAUUGUACAUUCAAAAACACUAUCUGUAUGCUGAAUAGCUCUUUGCUUCUGUUGUAACAUUUUUUACGUCCUCUUAGGUUUUGAAAAGUGUUGUGGCCCAGUUUAAUGCUUCACAACUGAUUACAAUGCGACAAGAGGUAAGCAUCUUAUAGAUCGGUCACUCAAACGGUGCAAAGUGGGAAUAAUAAUAGUGCAAGGGUCAUACAUCAGGGGCACCCAACGACAAUUUUUGGAAACUACCUGUUCGGAAGACAAUUUGAGAUCUAGAAUUUUCUGAACAUUUGUUGUUAAAUUUCUUGCUUGCAUGCCUCUCCUGGGGUUUUCGAACCUCCCCAAAAUGGUAUAAUUGCCCAUUUUUAACAGAUUUUUACGGUAAAAAGGUCACCUAGAAUUUUCGGGAGCCUUUUUUCUGGCUGAAAUUUUCGAAUGAGCAAGUUUUGAUCCCUAUAAUUUUCGGAUCACUAGACUUUCAGCUAGGAAAUCCGAACAGGUGACAAAUUUUUAAGGGAUAAAAGUGUGCCUAUAUCUACCGUUUUAAUACUAAAAUACGUUUAACAAUGCUAUGGUUAAGUGGUUUUGAACUAUAUUCUCGUUGGGUGCCCCUGAUACGUGUGCCUUCAGUUGCACUCCUCUCAGCCUGCAUAGUGAUGAAGGCCCAGGAAAAUAAAUAAAUUAUUGUGAACACCUGUACAUGGAUUCAACUUCAUAUAUGUGGUAGGCAGGGCUUCUGAUAUUUCGUGCGGUCGCGGACCCGCGAAAUUCAGGUAUUUCCGCGAAAUCCCGCGAAUUUCCCAAAAAACCGCGAAAUACCGCGAAAUCCGUCAGAAAUAUUUCCAAAUACAUGUCGGCAAAACAUAUUUAAUACUUAUCUUGGCUAUUAGACCGGUUUUAUUCACCCCAAACGUCCAAAUUUAGCUUGAAACUUCAUCACUGCAACGAGUAAACAACGUCCCAAAACUACCAGGCGUUUUUAGAUGAACGUUGCGAAAAACUGGGCACUAACCAUAAUGUUGAUAGCUUUAACAUGCGCUUAUUUCUCGGCGAACUGUUGUUGAAAGAGCAAAUGAUUAUCCGUGUUAAAAAAACGUUCACCAGCGCCCGGUCAUAUCGACGCAAAAUUGAUCGAUUAUAGCGAAAUUUGCCAAAAAAACCCCAGCGAAAUGGGCUGUUUUUGUUGAUUGUUUCUUGGCGAAGUUUCCCCCGAAAUUUCUCGUGAAAUCGGCCGAUUUUCCUAAGAAAUUCUUAGGAAAUUAUUUGCCCCCGAAAAUCCUUCGAAAAUUGACUCUUUUCCGCUAAAAUCCCUCGAAAUGGGCCGAUUUUCCUGCGAAUUUUGACUUUUCUCCUGCGAAAAUCGCCUGAAAUCGGCCGAUUGUUCCGCGAAUUUUGACUUUUUUCCCGCGAAAAUCCCGCGAAAUCGGCCGAUUUUUCCACGAAUUUGCCCCUGAAAAUCCCGCGAAAUUUUGCUUUUUUUUCCGCGAAAUAUCAGAAGCCCUGGGUAGGGUAGGGGAUGGGCAUGUGUAGUUUUGGUUAUUGCCACCCAUGCAAAUUUGUCAUAAGACUUUUGUCUUUGAUCAUUGUACAAAGUUCUUGACAUGUGAGAAAGGGGAAGUCUAGCUUAGAAACUGGAUACUAAAAAUAUGCUUGGUCUCCAAGGAUACUGUAAGUCUCCUUGUGCUGUGGAGAUCUCUGCAGUACUGUAGUAGCCUCCUCCACGGCAACCCUCAUUCUCUUCCCAGAUGCCUGCUGAGGAGGCUGGUGCUGUAGGUAACUUACAUGCAGCAGAAAUUAAUAGUGGCAGUACAUGUAGAUUUCAUCAAAAUACAUGCACUGUUCUAUUAAUUUAAAGUUUUAUAAGCCAUAUUUUACAUACAUUAUUAUUUCUCUUUCCUUUUACAAACUGUUUGUUUUGUUUUGUUUUGUUUUUUUAUGUAUGCUACUAUUUUUUAUUUAUUUAUUUUUAUUUGUUAUGAUUAUUAUUUUUUGUUUCAUUUUUCUGUAGGUUAGUCUUUUGAUCAGAAGGCAACUCACUGACCGAGCAAAGGAUUUUUAUGUUAUUCUGGAUGAUGUGUCAAUUGUAAGUUGCACAUUUUGCCAAAGUUAAAGUUUUUAUUUUACACUGAUAGUACUUGAGAUUCUUAGAGUGUAUUUCUGUCAGAGAUUCAGUGGAUGUCACCAAUGGUGAAAGAGGCAAAAAAAAUCCAAAAGUUGAUCAAAAUUUAGUGUGAUAGAGUAACGCCACAAAAGCAACAGGAAUGUUACAGGCCUCAAAUUUUCACAGGAAACCAAAGUAAUCACAGUUCACGAAUCUUAAAAUAUCCACCUACAUAAAUUUAUAGAUUACCAGGGUAUUUCAAUGAAACCACUCAGAGGACAGAUUUGAAUCAGUUUUUUACAUGUAUUUGCCAGGUUCCCUGUAACAAAAGGCAUUGAAAUUCUUGGUCAGUUAUACUGUAAAUGAAACUUUUACAAGUGUAAUAAUACAAUUGUAACUGUUGUUUUAGAGUCAGAAAACAAUGGCCACACUUGUAAAUAACACUAAUUUGUAAAAGUUUUAUUAAACUGGCCCCUGUUUCUGGUCAGUUGGAUUUUACAUUCCAGAUGUAUGUUUUUGAAACUAAAAACAAAGUGUUUUGUGGGAAAAAUUGUAAUUUGUAUGUAUGAUAAUGUCAUUCCAGACAGACCUAAGUUUUGGACGGGAGUACACUGCUGCCAUUGAAGCAAAACAAGUUGGUGAGUCAGCAACUACAGAUAGUAAUAAUAAUAUCAUUAUACUAGACUCGCCACAAGUCGACCUCAUGAGUUUUGAAGUGAGUGGAGCAAGGCUUUUAGGCCACAAAGCAGACGAGCGAGCGACAGGUUGUCCCGUGCCAUAUUAAAUCUAACGAAGGACUUUUUUGAAAGUAAUAAUUAUGAUAGGGAAACUCUUGAUUAAACUAUUGCUCUUGGAAAAUUAUAUUUCAUUUAUGGGCUGCCCUGGUUUAUUUUAACUUGUUUUUGAAAGCUGGAGUGUAUUAUUUCCCUCAUUAUUUUAAUAGUAUUUUUUAAUGCUUGACUAUCAACUAACUUAUGUUAAGCCUUUGUUUGGUUCAUGGUGUCUCUCUGUGCCAUUAGGUCUUAUCCCCCUGUACCCCUCUCCCCUGCCAAAAAUGCACCACCUUCCUAAUUUUUUCUCCUUCAGUAUUUCCAUUCCUCAGUGGAGAGAACUAUUCAUAAGGCAAAUAUUAUAUUAAAGGUACAACUUAAUACUGAAUGCAAAGUUCUUUGAUUAAUUUUCUCUUAGCUCAACAAGAAGCACAGAGAGCUCAGUUUCAUGUGGAAAAGGCAAUUCAGGAAAGACAACAAAAAAUUGUGCAGGCUGAAGGAGAGGCAAAAGCAGCAACUUUGAUAUCCUUUUCACCGUUGAAAGGAAUGUUUUCAAUGCCCAUUAGUUUGGGGUGAUAGUUUCAUUGAUAUUGACAUUUUCAAUCACACCACCAUAAUUAUCAAUAGCGAAAGACUGUUUUGGCGUGAUGAUUCUAUGAAAGGUGCAGAUGUGUCACUGUCACUGAGUAUCUGUUGAAAAAUUUUGGAAAAAAAAAUGAUCACUUUCUUUGAAUAUCAUUAAACUGAAAGUACAUGUACAGUGUAAGUUGUGGAAAACUACUUGAACAUUUUUUAUCUUGUUUAACCCUUAACAUUUUGUCACCUCGGUAAUGCUAUAAAGGGCAAUCCAGGAUACCUCAAACUCAGGAAGAUACGAGCUGCACAGGCAGUUUCCAAUACAGUAAGUCCACCUAUUUUAUUUAUUUUGAAAAUACUGCUGAGUUCUUUAGUCAAGUUUAAAGAAGUUUUAUAGAACAUGUGUGACUUUUAGUAUAGGAACUUCAACUUAACAUGGGGAAUAUGUGCAUGAACAAUAUUUUAUUUCUGUUUCUUUAUUCCAAAGGCUAUUCUACCUCAGAUGCAAUAUUGCAAGUCAUUUUGCAAAGUGUUGUUGCUGAAAGGAGUAUAAAAUAGUGUGUUCAACGUUGGCUGAAGGAGUAAAAAUCGUAAAUGACUUCAUGACGUGUUUUACCCAACUGGGUGAUCAAAAGGGGGUUAGAGAAUGCCAAUUUAUGACAUAAAUCUUAGUCCUUGAAAGCUGUAAAUUGUCCUUGAAAAAUCCUUGAAAUUUGUUUGCCUGCAUGAAGUUGUAUGAACCAUGUAUUUGAUAAUAAUCCAGUGCCUGAUUCAUGGAAUUUUCUUCCCAGAUUUCAAACUCACAAAAUAUGGUGUUCUUGGAUUCUGGAGCACUAAUGCUGAAUGUUCGGGAGGCUGAUGAUUUAGAAGAGUAAGUAAUGUUCUGUGGGAGUGUAUCUCCUGGUAAUUAAUUAUGUGAGUAAUAAUCUUACAGCGAGGGAUGCAUCAGACUUGGGGAUGGAGGGUUGGGGGAAUGCAUGCAUUGGUAUGGGUAGAUGUGUGCCUCCAAUAUCAUAAAUUUAUGCGGUUUAAGUAUUAGUAGCCUUGGGGUGCCUGUGCAUAGAUCUUACCCCUACAUAGCUGCUGCUGUUUGUAAUAAACAUUAUUUUAUAGCAUUGUGAAAUAGAGAAUCACUAUUAACACUUAACUCUGUUGUUUUCCUCUGAAUUUUAGAACUUUAGGAUUGGAAACAAAAUCAAAGAAGAAGUGACUUAUGUAAAAAGUUAGCUAACAUCUACAGCACAAUGAAAGUCAUCACGUACAUUCAAGAAACACAAGAUUACGUAACAUCUUGUUUCAUGGUAAUGGACAAACUUAUGAUAGUGUUUGGAAGUGCAUGCAUGUCAGAUUAUUACUAAAAUAUUAGAAACUACACUGGAGUGAAGGAAUGCUUCAGUAAGAAAACAGCUUUUAUAAAUUACAAGAAACUGUGGCUUUCUUUUUGUCAACAUUCAAUGUGCAAGGAACUUACAGCCAACUGUGUGCUGGGUUUUAAUUUAAAUCUUCCAAAUAAAUGCUGC